AUGAGCAAAUCCAUCUCCACAUCCACAAGUCCCUGGCAUGAGCCAAAGGUCCAAAAGCCCAAGCCACUGCAGCAGAUGCUGAGGAAGCCGAAGAAGUGGAAACUCAAGCGCACCCUAGAUGAUUUUCUGAAGUGUCUGAUCAUUGCGUCCUCGGAGCACGUGUACGACUACGAUGUGCUGUGCAGCAAUCUCCUUGAAAUGCAGCAAAUGUUGGUUCUUGUAUCCCUGGGAUUGCUGGCCAGCGUGGCAGCCAAGCCAGCUGUGGAUGCCGCGGUGUUUCCUUCGGCAUCUCCUUUUGGACUCUAUCCAGGAUCAGCUGCUCCUUUUGCAGCCGCCUAUGCUGCUGGUCCCUUUGCCGGCGCUCCUUUGGUUAAUCCUUUGAGUGCCCCCUUGGGCGCAUCUCCUCUGGCCGUAUCCAGCAGCCAGCGCUUGGACUACUUCAACCAGUUUAAUGCCGCCUUUGCUCCGACUGCUCCUGCCCGCAUCCUGGCUGCUGCUCCAUUCCCUGCGCCUGGCGCCCGACUCAUUCAGCCACCUCGUUUCCUUGCCCCUGCGGUGUCGGCACCAUUUUUCUUUUAG